AUGAGUGUAAAGAAUGAUCUUACGGCACAAACAGAGACGGAGGAAACGACAAACGGCAACGAGACGAUCACCGUCCACACCAGCCUGGGAGAUGAGGAUGAAGACCUGCACAAAUGUGGUCGUUGUCAAGUGGAGUUCUCCACUCUGGAUGCUUUCAUCCAGCACAAGUUGCAGAAAAGCUGCAAACGUGAUACCAGCAACCAACAAGUGGCCGAAUCAAAUGGAAGUCCUUCAAAGUUAAACGCGACCUCUCAAAAUGACAACGCCUCAGGUGGAGGUCAAAGGAGAAAAACUUCACCUAAAGUCAAUCAAUCACAUCAGACUGAAAGAUCCCUGUCUGACUUUGGUGCCGAGACGGACAAUAAUGAUUACACUGUCAACACUGAAGGGCGGUAUCUAUGUAGUGUGUGUCAAAAGACAUUCAAGACACUCAACAUCUUAAGAACUCACUUGAAAACGCACACAGAUGAAAAAAACUUUAAAUGUGAAUUGUGUGACACCUCUUUUAGAACGAAAGGCUCUUUAAUCCGACACAAUCGUCGCCAUACAGAUGAACGACCAUAUAGAUGUACCCAGUGUGGUCAGUCCUUUAGAGAAUCAGGGGCUCUCACAAGACAUCAAAAGUCUCUUACUCCUUGCACAGAAAAGAUCCGUCUUUUUCAAUACAAAGAAAUACUUGUCAGCAAAGAUGGAGCACGUAAAGGAGUUGAAAGUGACCAUGACUCGACAACUGAGCCUCAAGAAGUCUUUGUAGUGCAGCAGCAACAGAGUGAGGAGAAUGAGGACGUAGGAGCACAAACGGCUGUGGUCAACGUGUUUGAAGUGGGAUCUCAGGAGGUUCUUCAUCAAGUACACAUUACUAUGGCAGUUGAUGAUACAACUCAAGAACAAAAGGUUAUGGUUGAGCCAUCGCAGGCAGAAGCUUUAGCAGCAGCGGCAGCAGCAGGUGACAGCCUUAUCUGUCAGGCAAUCAUCAACUCUGGCAUCGCUCUGGAAACGGAAGAAACUGUGGUGGAAGAGACUUUACAGGAGAGUAUUACUGAGGUCCAUGUCAAAGAUGAACACAUGGAAACGACUAAUGAUGAAGAGACAGAUGAUGGAGAGGACGUUGGCCAAGAGAGCAUAUCUAAACUGCACAAAUGUCCCCACUGUGACCGCACUUUCAAAGGCAUUAAUUACCUCCGCUUUCAUGUAAAGGGUCAUUUGGGUCAUAAGCCUUUUAAGUGUAGCAUCUGCCUGAAAGAUUUUGUGUCCGGUUACCAACUGAAAAAACACAUGGAAGGCCAUGUUAGUGAAAGACGGUACAAGUGUGGGGAGUGUGGGAAGCUUUACAAAACCAUUGGACACGUCCGCGAGCACAUGAGGUCCCAUUCAGACGAGAGGCCUUAUCACUGCUACAAAUGUGACCGAGGUUAUAAGACAAAGAACGCCUUGCAAGUGCAUCAACGGACCCACGGUGAUGAGAAACCCUUUGUCUGUCAGUAUUGCUCAAGAAGCUUCAGAGAAAAGGGUUCUUUGGUGCGACACAUCCGGCAUCACACUGGGGAGAAGCCAUACAAGUGCUCCAAGUGCGGGCGGGGCUUUGCAGAACAUGGGACCCUCAAUCGGCAUAUGCGUGCUAAAGGAGGCUGCCAAAAAGAAGAUUCCAGUGAACAGGUCACAGCUGCCGCCGCAACAGAAGAUCCUCAUGCUGUCCUGGUGGAGUUCUCUUCUGUUGUAGCAGACACACAAGAGUACAUUAUCAAGACUCAAACUGAUGAAGAAGCACAAGGACAACAAGUUGCUCUAAUCCAGGAUGACCAGAAUGAGGUGGGUGCCCAUAUAAUGAAAGUUGUACAGCAGAUUGUGAGCCAGGCUCAUGUAGCAGGCACAGGGAGCCCUCAGAUUAUUGUACGCAACGUGGGGGCGAACGAGGAGGGAAUGUCCAUCUCUGACUGUGGAGACACCAUCACCAUCGCCACGCCUGAGAGCCUGACGGAGCAGGUUGCCAUGACUCUCGCCUCUGCGAUUAAUGACGGAACACUUCUAGGAACCACAGGCACCGUGGAGAUGCCCGAGGGGACGGUCACUGUGGUGACCACAGACAUAGAGGAGGGGGUUCAGAUGGUGCAGCAGCAACAAGAGGAUUAUACCCCAGAGGACGAUGUCUAUGUGAAUGGUGGAAAGCGGAGUGUGGAGACUGUAACAGCAGAGGUGCAGCAGAAGCGUGUCCAGGGCACACUGCGGUUCCCCACGCUGGGGGGAAGGAAGGCUGGCAGGAACGUGCCCUGCCGCCAGCCGGGCGAGGAUGAGGCGCUUCCUGAGCAGAAAGGGUCGCUUCUCCCUGCGCCAGAGCAUCAAGUCUGGGACCCGUAG